CGCAGGCGGCAGGAGGGAGCCGGACAUCGAGGCCUGCGCGCGGGCGUGCGGGAGCCGGGCACGGAGAACCGGGCUGAGAGCAAGGAGCGCGACAUGGAGCGUCUGGCACCCCGCGCCUGCCUCGCCCUGCUGUGGGGCUGCCUGCUGGCCGCGGCUGCCGCGGCGCAGGGCAAGGAAGUCGUCCUGUUGGACUUUGCUGCAGCUAAAGGGGAACUCGGCUGGCUCACACACCCAUAUGGCAAAGGGUGGGACCUCAUGCAGAACAUCAUGGACGACAUGCCCAUCUACAUGUACUCCGUGUGCAAUGUGGUGGCCAGCGACCAGGACAACUGGCUCCGCACCAACUGGGUAUACCGCGGUGAGGCCGAGCGCAUCUUCAUCGAGCUCAAGUUCACCGUGCGUGACUGCAAUAGCUUCCCUGGGGGCGCGAGCUCCUGCAAGGAAACCUUCAACCUCUACUACGCCGAGUCUGACGUGGACUAUGGUACCAACUUCCAGAAGCGCCAGUUCACCAAGAUCGACACCAUCGCGCCCGACGAGAUCACGGUCAGCAGCGACUUCGAAGCACGCCACGUGAAGCUGAACGUGGAGGAACGCUCCGUGGGGCCGCUCAGCCGCAAGGGCUUCUACCUGGCCUUUCAGGACAUUGGUGCCUGCGUGGCACUGCUCUCUGUCCGCGUCUACUACAAGAAGUGUCCCAAGCUGCUGAAGGGGCUGGCCCGCUUCCCCGAGACCAUCGCGGGCUCCGACGCGCCCUCCCUGGCCAUCGUGGAUGGCACCUGCCUGGACCACGCUGUGGUGCCGCCCGGGGGUGAGGAGCCCCGCAUGCACUGCGCAGUGGAUGGCGAGUGGCUAGUGCUCAUUGGCCAGUGCCUGUGCGAAGCAGGCUACGAGAAGGUGGAGGACGCCUGCCAGGCCUGCUCGCCGGGAUUCUUCAAGUCCGAGGCAUCCGAGAGCCCCUGUCUGGAGUGCCCCCCACACACCCUGCCGUCCUCCGAGGGGGCCACCGCCUGCGAGUGUGAGGAAGGCUAUUUCCGGGCCCCGCAGGACCCACUUUCACUGCUCUGCACGCGCCCGCCCUCCGCCCCGCACUACCUCACGGCUGUGGGCAUGGGCGCCAAAGUGGAGCUGCGCUGGACGCCCCCCCAGGACAACGGGGGCCGCGAGGACAUCACCUACACUGUCACCUGCGAGCAGUGCUGGCCCGAGUCAGGCGAGUGCGGUCCCUGCGAGGCCAGCGUGCGCUACUCGGAGCCACCGCACGGGCUGACCCGCACCAGCGUGACAGUCAGCGACCUGGAGCCCCAUAUGAACUACACCUUCACCGUAGAGGCCCGCAACGGCGUCUCGGACCUGGUGACCAGCCGCAGCUUCCUCACUGCCAGCGUCAGCAUCAACCAGACAGAGCCCCCCAAGGUGAAGCUGGAGGACCGCAGCACCACCUCGCUGAGCGUCUCCUGGAGCAUUCCUCCACCGCAGCAGAGCCGCGUGUGGAAGUACGAGGUCACCUACCGCAAGAAGGGGGACUCCAACAGCUACAACGUGCGCCGCACUGAAGGCUUCUCCGUGACCCUGGAUGACCUGGCUCCGGACACCAUCUACCUGGUCCAGGUGCAGGCGCUGACGCAGGAGGGCCAGGGUGCUGGCAGCAAGGUGCACGAGUUCCAGACACUGUCCGUGGAAGGAUCUAGCAACAUGGCAGUGAUUGGUGGUUUGGCCGUUGGUGUGGUCUUGCUUCUGGUGCUGGCAGGAAUUGGCUUCUUCAUCCACCGCAGGAGGAAGAGCCUGCGGACACGCCAGUCCUCGGAAGACGUUUACUUUUCCAAGUCAGAACAACUGAAGCCCCUGAAGACAUACGUGGACCCACACACAUACGAAGACCCCAACCAGGCUGUGCUCAAGUUCACCACCGAGAUCCAUCCGUCCAGUGUCACGCGGCAGAAGGUGAUCGGAGCAGGAGAGUUUGGGGAGGUGUACAAGGGCACGCUGAAGGUGUCGGUCAAGAAGGAGGUCCCCGUGGCCAUCAAGACGCUGAAAGCCGGCUACACAGAGAAGCAGCGGGUGGACUUUCUCAGCGAGGCCAGCAUCAUGGGCCAGUUCAGCCACCACAACAUCAUCCGCCUGGAGGGCGUCGUCUCCAAAUACAAGCCCAUGAUGAUCAUCGCCGAAUACAUGGAGAACGGGGCUCUGGACAAGUUCCUUCGGGAGAAGGAUGGCGAGUUCAGCGUGCUGCAGCUGGUGGGCAUGCUGCGGGGCAUCGCGGCCGGCAUGAAGUACCUGGCCAACAUGAACUACGUCCACCGCGACCUGGCUGCCCGCAACAUCCUCGUCAACAGCAACCUGGUCUGCAAGGUGUCUGACUUCGGCCUGUCCCGUGUGCUGGAGGACGACCCCGAGGCCACCUACACCACCAGUGGUGGCAAGAUCCCGAUCCGCUGGACGGCUCCAGAGGCCAUCUCCUACCGCAAGUUCACCUCCGCCAGCGACGUGUGGAGCUAUGGCAUCGUCAUGUGGGAAGUGAUGACGUACGGCGAGCGGCCCUACUGGGAGCUGUCGAACCACGAGGUGAUGAAGGCCAUUAAUGACGGCUUCCGGCUUCCCACACCCAUGGACUGCCCCUCCGCCAUCUACCAGCUCAUGAUGCAGUGCUGGCAGCAGGAGCGCGCCCGCCGCCCCAAGUUCGCCGACAUUGUCAGCAUCUUGGACAAGCUCAUCCGCGCCCCCGAAUCCCUCAAGACCCUGGCUGACUUCGACCCCCGGGUGUCCAUCCGGCUGCCCAGCACCAGUGGCUCAGAGGGUGUGCCCUUCCGCACGGUGUCCGAGUGGCUGGAAUCCAUCAAGAUGCAGCAGUACACUGAGCACUUCCUGGCGGCCGGCUACACGGCCAUCGAGAAGGUGGUGCAGAUGACCAACGACGACAUCAAGAGGAUUGGGGUGCGGCUGCCCGGCCACCAGAAGCGCAUUGCCUACAGCCUGCUGGGCCUCAAGGACCAGGUGAACACAGUGGGGAUCCCCAUCUGAGCCCUGACAGACCUCGUGACCCCCUCAGCUAAGAAUACUUGAAGAAACAGACUGGCUUUCCUGCCAGCUCCAUGCUGGGCCACCAGGGACCUUAUUUAUUUCUAGUCCUUCUUUACUGAUGCCACCCUGAGGGCUCUGCUGGGGGGUCUUGGACGAUACCUUGGCCUGAGCUGAGGAGAUGCUCAGGGACCUUGGGCAGGGGGGCCUCUUCACCUACAAAGGACAGACAGCCAAGCACUUAGCGGUCACCAUCGUGUUCCCAGCAUCCCCUGGGGCAGGAGCCCCGCCAAGGCCUUUGGACACACACGUGGGACAUUGCUAAACUGACCUCCCCUUCGCCGUCUCAGGAGGUGGGGCGGUCAGCCUGCAGCAGUCACAGGAGCAGGGUACCUCACGAGAAGAGGACAAACGGCAAAGUCAGCUGGGCAAGCCCCACAGCGGUUCUCCCGUCCCUCUAGUGCCUUCCUCAGCCCCCCAGGCCCCAUCCUCAGCCCCCACGGGCCAAACACUUGCUUCCUCGGGGCCCUCACAGGAUGCUUGGUUGUGUGGAGGGUUUUUUUUUUUUUAAAUAUAUAUUUUGUACUUUGUGGAGAGAAUGUGUGUGUGACAGGGGCCCGGCUAGGACUGGGGGCAGACAAUGGCCUGUGUCAGACAUUCCCAGGCUGGGGGCUGGCCCAUCCGGCCUCUCACCCCUUUAGACAACAUUUUCUACUCUGUCAGUAUUAAUGAUUUUGUUCUGUUGCGUAUUUUUCUUCGAACCUUAAUUUAUUAUUAUUUUUUUUAUAUUUAUU